AUGGAAAAGCAAAGCGUCCAAGGCGUACCCAAAUCCACCGCUUGCCCCGUUGAGAAGGCGGCACCCGCCAACAAUGAGCCCCAGGCAGACAACUUCCACCGUACAGUUGGAACUUUCUGCGAUCAGGUGCUCUCGACGACACGCGAGAUGCACGGUGCGCUCGAGAUUUUCAGUGAGAAACUGUGCUUGCUGUUGCGGGAGGUGCAAGAUUUACAGGAGAAAACGGGUUCCUAG